UAUUUUGACACUCAAAUCGAUGCGAGGGGACUGCUAUUUUGGCACAUGUUGUUAGAUGAUCAAAUCCGGAAGUAAACAGGAGGAACGAUAAACAGAAACUUUGUAGAUGGCCUGCCAGCUACGCAAUGUUGUCAUAGGGGAUGCCAGAGCUAUAUCUUAUAAAACAAGCGACAUGACUUAAAACCGUGUUUGUGUGGAUUCACACGGCGCUGUGAAUACAUGAAAAUAAGUCAAAUUAGAAGUCGCAGCCGGCGAGUAACGUGAGCUGGCUAGCGAGCAUUUAGCGAUAGCCGUUUAGCUAUGCUAACAUAAUACGUCAAUUAUAGUAAUUUUCCUUCAAACUAGCCGCUCCGACACAACCUGUUAUACGGCUGUGUUUCCUUGACAUCACGCUGUAGUGCUUGCAACAGCUGAUAUGGAUGUAAACUUGACAAUAUCCCUCAUUAGGGGACAGAUGGGUGUUGUCAUUGAAAAAGCAGUGACCGUCGCGGUGGAAACUGUGCUGGGCGAAAUGAUGAAAGUGGUGAGCAUAAAGUUUGACGAAUUUCGAAAAGAGAUGCACGCCAAGGAGAAGGAGAACGAGAACGUUCGGCAGAUGCUGGAGAUAUCCCGGUGCCAGAUGAGGGCCAUGCGGAAGUAUCUGAGCGUGCACGCCACCCCGAAGGAUGACCACCACGGCCAGCCCACGCCAAGGCAGCAGCCACAGCCCCCGCCGCAGCAGCAGCAGCUGAACCAGUUCGAGUCCGUGCGAGCUCCCGAGGUCUACCCAGACCAGCCCGCCUUCAUCCAGCCACCUCAGCAGGCUGGAUUGUCGAAUGGGCCGCUAAGUCGUAGAACCGUGCACAGCCAGACGCGGACAGAGCUCAGAGCCAGCAGCUACCCCCACGUCUCCAGAGAGGACCACCCUAGCACGGCACCUCAGAGACCCAAGGACCCUACCCCAGAGCUGGUGGCAGUGGAGGACUCUCCCCUCAGUGAAGUCCGCCUCAUCGGCUCUGACGGAACUACCACACUGCUGACAUCAGUCAAACAGGAGGCUCCUGCAGCAGUGGAAGUGGAGUGCAGCUUUGAGGUGGAGGCAACGGGGGAGAGCGGUGACAUCAUCACACAGGGCAGGAGGGGGGACCAGGCCAGCCCGGCAGAGAGGGCGCUCGCAGACCAACUCCAGCCCCAGCCCAGACACCUGAGCUCUGGGGAGGCAGCGGAGGAGGAGCCCUCGCCACCCCUGGUGUCCAGCACCGCACCUGUGGUGAAGGAGGAGGUGCUGGAUGCAGACGCGGUGCCCAUCAAACAGGAGCCUCAGGAGGUGGAGGUGGUGGUGGAAGGAGAGCUGGCGGGGAGCAGUAGCAGCAGCGGAGGAGGAGGUGCAGCAGAUGCAGCCAGCCAGCGAUACCUGGAGGCCUCUAGGACCCUGCAGAUCACAGCAGCAGCAGCCGUCCCCGUUGGCCAAUCAGCAGCAGCGUACUACCCAGCCCUGGCCAGCUCCUCUACUGCCUAUGCCGUCAGCCAGCCCUGCCUCCCCAUGGUGACCAAUGUAUCCACGGCAACGGCUCCAAUCCCCGCCUCCUCAUCCUCGCUGGCCGAGGGGUCGCGCCGGGGUCAAGGUCAAACCCAAAGUCACCUCCAAGGCCAAGGUCAGGGCCAGGGCCAGGGGCGGCCGUGGCUGCGCGAGCUGGGCCUGUACGAGCAGUAUAAGCAGGCGCGCGCCGAGCUGCGCCGACGCAGCCAGCUGCGCAGGAAGCAGCUGGAGCAGGACCUGCCGCAGGCGCUGCUGGCCGACCUGGUACGCGAGCGGCGCGAGAAGACGCGGCUGCGCGUGGCUCGCUGGAGGGCUCGACGCAAGCUGCAGGCCGCCUGCCUCAUGGGCGCCGCCGCCGCACAGCAGGGCCAUGCUAAUGCUAAUGUGGCUAGCUCCGCAGCUGUAGUAGCGGCAGCCGCAGCGGCUGCACAGGCGGGACAGAGCAUGCAGAGGGUGUCUGGACUGCACAUGCAGGUCCAGAUGCAGGCGGCAGCAGGGGUUGCCGGGCAACAGCAGCAGCAGCAUCAUCAGCAGCAGCAGAGACUGGGCGGGUCGCGACAGCUUCAGCAGCAGCAGCAGGCGCGACAGCAGCAGGGGAGGGUGGGGAUGCAGUACGGCAGCAGGCUGGGAGGGGGGUACGCCUUUGCAGCGGGCGCUCACCAGGGACUGGGGCCACUGGGCGGGGAGCCGGGGGGCAGUGGGGGUGGGAGUGGGGGAGCGAGCGGGGGUCUGAGUGCGCAGGCGUACGGCUCUGCGGAGCGCUUCUCUCAGCAGCAACACAGGGCAACAUUCCUGCAGCACAGCACACAGGGCGCAGACACGGACCUUUUCCAGUGA